CUCUCUCUCUGUCUCUCUUCUUGGUUAUAUACACCGCCAAUCGCUCAUUGAGCGCCCUCUCCGCUUCUUGCUCUUGCUGUUCUGAGUCAUAUCAAGCGCAGCCAAGAUGGUGACGGUGAACGGGGACGCGGCCGGGCUUGUGGUGAGCUUCGGCGAGAUGCUGAUCGACUUCGUGCCGACGGUGUCGGGGGUGUCGCUGGCGGAGGCGCCGGGGUUCCUGAAGGCGCCGGGGGGAGCGCCGGCCAACGUCGCGAUCGCGGUGGCCCGCCUCGGCGGCCGCUGCGCCUUCCUCGGAAAGCUCGGCGACGACGAGUUUGGGCGCAUGCUGGCCGCCAUCCUGCGCGACAACGGCGUCGACGACUCCGGCGUCACCUUCGACGCCGGCGCCCGCACCGCACUCGCCUUCGUCACCCUCCGCGCCGACGGCGAGCGCGAGUUCAUGUUCUACCGCAACCCCAGCGCCGACAUGCUCCUCACCGAGGCCGAGCUCAACCUCGACCUCAUCCGAAAGGCGAAGGUGUUCCACUACGGAUCUAUAAGUCUGAUCACGGAGCCGUGUAGAUCUGCUCACCUGAAGGCCAUGGAGGUGGCGAAGGAGGCAGGAGCGCUGCUGUCCUACGACCCCAACCUCCGGCUGCCGCUGUGGCCGUCGGCGGCGGAGGCCAGGGAGCAGAUCCUGAGCAUAUGGGAUGCGGCCGACAUCAUCAAGGUGAGCGACGUCGAGCUGGAGUUCCUCACCGACACAGACUCGGUGGAAGACGAGGUGGCGAUGCGGCUGUGGCGACCCAGCCUCAAGCUCCUCCUCGUCACCCUCGGGGAGAAGGGUUGCAAGUACUACACUAAGGACUUUCAUGGCAGCGUCGAGUCCUUCGCCGUCAAGCAGGUAGACACCACCGGCGCAGGCGACGCCUUUGUCGGUGCACUGCUGGGGAAGUUCGUCGAAGACCAGUCGGCUUUGCAGGACGAGAAGAAGCUGAGGGAGCUGCUAAGGUUCUCCAACGCCUGUGGAGCGAUCACCACCACCAAGAAGGGCGCCAUCCCCUCUCUGCCCAACGUAUCGGAAGCCAUGCGACUGAUGGAGAGGCCAUAAGAAAUGCUUCGAUUGCUGUGUUUUGAUACGAGAACUCUCUCUCUCUCUCUUUUUGCCUUCGCUGUGUUAUUGUUUCUUCCACCAGCUUUAAUCUGGUGGCUGCAAUUUGUUUCUGCUGUGAUGUUCUCGUCAUUAAUCUCAUUAAACUGCAUUGGUGAUGGUUUUUUUC